UGUUGUCAGAGCUGUCAAGUGGUGGCAGUCCGCUAUCGACCUGUGAUCACACCUCACCCCUUGGCCUCCCUCCUUACUGGAUAUUUCGUGUUUAAAUGGAUUGAUCAGUGCCGUCGGCCCAGGAUGUCGGUGCGGGAGCUGUACGUUAAGGGCGCCCGCGUAUGGAUCCCGGACCCCGUGCAGGUGUGGCGGUGCGCUGAGCUCACCAAGGACUACAAGAAUCACCUGGUGUCUGUCAUCUAUGCUGACUCUCAGGGGGUGCAACGUACUGAUGAGUUCAAGGUAAAAAGCGACGAAGACCUGCCCCCUCUGCGGAAUCCUGACAUUCUUAUAGGCGAAAAUGAUCUCACCUCCCUAUCAUAUCUCCAUGAACCUGCUGUCCUUUACAACUUGCAAGUGCGCUUCGGCAAUCACAAUGCCAUCUACACAUACUGCGGAAUUGUCCUUGUGGCCAUCAAUCCAUACGAGGAGUUGCCUAUCUAUGGCCCAGACACUAUUGGAGCUUAUCGAGGUCACUCCAUGGGUGACCUCGAUCCCCACAUCUUCGCUGUGGCAGAAGAGGCAUUUACACAAAUGGAAAGGGACGAGAAAGACCAAAGUAUCAUUGUGUCUGGAGAAUCGGGUGCUGGGAAAACUGUAUCAGCUAAAUAUGCCAUGAGAUAUUUUGCAAGUGUCGGUGGGUCAGAUUCAGAGACGCAGAUAGAAAAGAAGAUUCUUGCGUCAAACCCAAUUAUGGAGGCAAUAGGUAAUGCAAAGACUACAAGAAAUGACAAUAGUUCACGUUUUGGAAAAUAUAUCGAGUUGGAUUUCACCCGUAACUUCAGUAUACUGGGAGCCAAUAUGAGAACAUACCUUUUAGAAAAAUCACGCGUUGUGUUUCAGGCGCCGUGUGAAAGGAAUUACCACAUAUUUUAUCAGCUGUGCUCAGCCUCGUCAGAUCAGAGACAUAAACAUCUGCGAUUAGGCUCUCCAGAAAGUUUUCACUACUUGAAUCAAGGACUCCGGGAGGCUCCCGAAUGGUCAUCCAAGACCCGCAAGGGGCAUCAGGACAAUUUCCAUUACUUAAACCAAGGCCACAGUCCUCAUAUUGGUGGUGUGGACGAUGCUGCAGACUUUCAGGAAACAUGUCGAGCAUUCUCCCUCUUGGGGAUCAGUGAAGCAACGCAGGAACAGUUGUUCAGAAUUCUUGCAGGAAUAUUACAUCUAGGAAACGUAACCUUUGAAGAGGAUGUUGGUGAAUCUUCUACAAUUGAUAACGGUGAUAAAUCGCUCCAUAUAGCUGCGGAACUACUAGGUAUUCCAUUAGAAGAUAUUCGCAUGUGGCUGUGUAAUCGUAAGAUUGUCGGUGGCAGAGAAGUUUUUACAAAACCCAUGACAUAUACUGAGGCUACAUUUUCAAGAGAUGCAUUGGCAAAACAUAUUUAUGCAAAAUUGUUUGAGUGGAUUGUAACACAGAUCAACAAGUGUUUUGCCUCUACAGCAAAACCUUUCAGAUUUAUUGGAGUUCUUGACAUCUAUGGUUUUGAGACAUUUGAGAUCAAUAGCUUUGAGCAGUUUUGUAUUAAUUAUGCGAAUGAAAAGCUACAGCAACAGUUUAACCAGCACGUGUUCAAAUUAGAACAAGAAGAGUAUGUGAAGGAACAGAUUGAAUGGGAGUUCAUCAACUUCUAUGACAACCAGCCUUGCAUUGAUCUCAUAGAGAGCAAGUUAGGAAUCUUGGACCUCCUUGAUGAAGAGUGUAAGAUGCCAAAGGGUACUGACCACUCAUGGGUAGAGAAGUUGUAUGACAAGUGCAAGAAGUUUGAUCACUUCAGUAAACCUCGCUUAUCCAAUACUUCUUUCCUCAUAGCACAUUUUGCUGACAAGGUUGGCUACGAGAGUGCUGGCUUCCUUGAGAAGAACCGAGACACGGUAUCUGAGGAACAGAUAAAUAUACUUAAAUCUAGUCAGAUUAAUUUAGUACAUGCCCUUUUUAUGGAGAAGGACAAAAAAGCCCCUACCAAAGUGAAGGUCUUGCCUAUUGGACCAGUACAUUCUAAAUCGAAACAAAUGAAAAAAUCUGUUGGCUCUCAGUUUCGCGAAUCACUGAAUUUGUUGAUGUUGACAUUAAACUCUACGACGCCUCACUAUGUGAGGUGCAUUAAACCUAACGAUGAUAAGAUGGCCUUUACCUUCGAUCCUACCCGAGCCAUUCAACAGUUGAGGGCCUGCGGUGUGUUGGAGACAGUUAGAAUUAGUGCUGCAGGUUAUCCCUCUAGAUGGACGUAUCAUGAAUUCUUCUGCCGAUACCGAGUACUGUGCAAUUCCAAAGACAUUCAAAGGAAUGACAUGCGUGUGACCUGCGAAAAGAUCAUUGGUAACAUGAUCAGUGAUCAAGACAAAUUCAAGUUUGGUCGGACUAAGAUUUUCUUCAGAGCAGGCCAGGUGGCCUAUAUGGAGAAACUUCGGGCAGACCGCUUAUCUGCUUGCGGCGUCAUGAUUCAGAAACAUGUAAGAAUGUUCAUACAUCGAAACCGCUUCAGAACAAUGCGAAAGGCUGCAAUAACCAUACAAAGGUACUCCAGAGGCACAGCAGCUCGCAGACGUGUUCAUCACAUGCGACAAACUGCAGCUGCUAUCAAAAUUCAGGCAUGCGUGCGUGGUUGGGUUAAGUGGGUGCAGUACCGUCGUCUUGUUUACACUAUCACUCGGUUGCAGGCUCAUGCUCGUGGUGCAUUUGCUCGGCAAAGAUAUGAGCACAUGCGAAGAGUUAAAGCGGCCAUCGUCAUCCAGAAGUAUGUGCGAGCGUGGAUGACAAGGCGUCACUUCGUGAAGGCCAUGCACGGAAUCAUUAUUACACAAGGUCUUGUGCGAUGUUUCCUGGCUAGAAGGAAGCUGAAGAAGCUUAAGAUUGAAGCCAAGUCUGUGGAGCACCAGAAGAAACUCAACAAGGGAUUAGAAAACAAGAUCAUAUCACUUCAACAAAAGCUUACGGAGCUGAAAACUGAGAACAGCCACAUCAAAGGUUACAAAGAAGAGAUAUCCGUUCUGAAGGGACACAUGAUAGAGAUGAAGGCUAUGGAAGUGAACCUCAAGAGCAGCAAUAAUCGUAUUGCCGAGCUUGAGGCUAAAGUUUCCGCUCUUACACAGGAAGUUGAGCUGGAGCGAGGCGAGAAGAUGGAUGUCUUGAAUGAAAAGGAGCGAGCAGAGAAAGAUAAUCGUGAACUAUUAGAAAAACUCAAUGCAGAAAAUGCUCGGCUAACAGAAGAACUUACGAAAGCCCAAAAAGAAGAAACCCAACGAGAAUCGGAAGAGGUGCUUCGACGUAAAUUUGAAGCGGAGAAAGAACAGAUAAUCAUGGAGAAUACAGACGAGAAGUCAGCAUACCAAAGAUUAUUGAAGGAAUUUAAUCGCCUGGAACAGAAGAAUGAUGUUUUAGAAGAGCAGCUAGCAAAGUUGAAAGGUGGCAAUGCUCAUAAGAGAACAGCAAGCAAUGUGAGUAACAUCAGUGGUGCUAGUGAUGCUCCCACCGAGCUCGUCCGUGAUGAUGCAUCUGAAUUCAGUUCCAUCAUUGGAGAUGAUGAUUGGAUGUCUGAUGUUGGAUACGGUUCUGUGAGAAGUCGUGCCAGUGAAAUAUCGGACUCGAGUAGAAACUUGGACAAUAUUGACUGGAGUUCUCCAUCUCAUAAAGUCAAUAGUACUGAAAUCAAGAUUCACGUACCUGAGAAGGUGGAGGACAUCACCUUAGUACUUCAACUACAAAACAAAGUGCGUGAAUUAGAAAAGGAACGGAGGAGUCUGGCCAAACAGAUAGAUCAGUUGGAAUCGUCAUCUCCCCUGGAUGACCCACAGCACGCACAGGAGCUCAUUCGGCUUCAGGAACUGGAGAUGGAAAAUGCUAAAUUGAAGGAUGACCUUAAUCGCCUGCGAAAAUCCAUUGCUGACUCUGAACCGCAGAAUAAUAGAGUUCAAGAGUUUAUGAAACAAUUUGAGGCUCUUCAAGACGAGUUGGAGCGAAGACGAGAGGAAUGUAUCCAGCUGCGAACAGUGCUGGCCAACCGUGCCCAUGAUCUGCGUUCCCUCACCCAGACGUCCUAUGGCAAAGAUGUUGAUAUAGUCAAUGAGGAUGGGGAACUAGCGUUAGCUUACCAAACACAAAAGCAGAUUAACAGACGACAAUUAGAGGAGGAACUCAAAACAGAAAAGUUACGACAUCGUGAAACAGAAACAGAGUACAAAAGCGAGUUGGAGCGACUGCGCCGGGACAAUGAGCGCCAGCAGAAAUUGUUAUCGCAGAAUCUAUCCAAGGGUGAAGGUUUCAACCCCGAGGCACUUCUGCAGUCAGAGAUUAUGCGCCUCACCUCUGAGAAUCUUAAUCUUCAGGGCCAGGUAGACAGUCUGACUGAGCAACUUAAGAAGUACAAGCGCUCGCUAAGAGCUUAUGCCAAAAAGCUCAAAGAGGCUGGUGGCUCGGGCAGCAAGCGGUCCUCAGCACAAGGCAGCCCAUAUGGUGGUGAUCCUCCCGACUUGCUCGAUGUGGCUGCCACGAACGAAGGUGAAGUGAUGCCAGUCAUUCGUAAAAAGGAGCGUGACUACAUGGGCAUGUUUGAGUAUGAUCGACGGGAGGAGAUGCAGAUUAUUAGAGUCCUCAUUUAUGAGCUGAAGCCGCGUGUGGCUGUGACAUUCCUGCCAGGACUUCCAGCCUACAUAUUGUUCAUGUGCAUUCGACACACUGAUCACAUCAACGAUGACGAAAAAGUGCGCUCUCUUCUCAACAACAUAGUAAAUGGUGUGAAGAGGGUUAUCAAAAAACGACAUGAAGAUUUAGAUUCUACCGUUCUGUGGCUAUCCAAUGUCCUUCGACUUUUACACAAUCUCAAACAGUAUUCGGGCGACAAGGCUUUCCAGGCUGAAAAUACUGUUAAACAAAAUGAACAGUCUUUGAAGAACUUUGAUUUGUCAGAAUACCGACAAGUUUUGUCUGACAUUGCCGUUUGGAUUUAUAAUGGUGUAAUAAAACUAAUGGAGGAGAAAGUGCAGCCACUGAUUGUCCCUUCCAUCCUGGAGCACGAGGCCAUCGCGGGGCUCUCGGGCAACAAGCCAGGAGGCAUGAGAGGUCGAGCCGGCAGUUUGGCACGGGAGCUGGAGUCUCCGGUGGAACCUCAAAAAGCAUUAGAUCUUCUACUGAAGGAGAUGACUCAGUUCUAUCGCACACUUGCCAUGUUUGGUACUGACCCUGAACUUAUAACUCAAGUCUUCAGACAGAUAUUUUACUUCAUCUGUGCGGGAUCUCUAAACAACUUGUUGCUCCGCAAAGACAUGUGUCACUGGUCGAAAGGUAUGCAGAUCCGCUAUAAUCUAAGUCAUUUGGAGCAGUGGACACGUGAUAUGAGACUUCACGAGUCUGGGGUAACAGAUACACUCGCUCCCAUUAUUCAGGCUGCUCAACUUCUUCAAGCUCGCAAGACAGAUGAUGAUGUUCACUCCAUAUGUGAUAUGUGUGACAAGCUCUCUGUAUCUCAGAUCAUAAAGAUUCUCAAUCUGUAUACACCUGCUGAUGAAUUUGAAGAACGGGUUCCCAUCACUUUCAUUCACAAAAUUCAGGCGAAACUUCAAGCACGAGCAGAGGGCGAACAGGCUCAGGCAACUCUGCUAAUGAACACCAAGUUUGCUUUCCCGGUUCGCUUCCCCUUCAACCCGUCAAGCAUUCACCUAGAGGAUGUCGAGUUGCCUGAAGCUCUCCCACUGAGCAUGUUAAAGAAAGUUUAAUUAAGAUAAACAGGUUAGCAGCGGUCCUUUUGUAAGUAGAGCAACUAGUGACAGGGAGCAAUAAAUUAGUGAGAGCAGAGACUGUGUUAUAUCUUCAGGAGUUUAUCAGUCAGUAGUUCACUCUGUAUUAUGUGCUGCUAGUGAGCAAAUUAACACCACAACAAUUUGUGAAGUUAGAAAGUAAGUUGUUGAAGUCUUAGCAGACAAAAUGAGUGUUAAACAAUUGAAGCUGGCAGGUACCUCAUUAAUUAAUUGAUGCAAAGUCACCCAUCUCCUGAAAUAUAAAGUCAUAAUUAGUUACUAUUAAUUGUACUGACAGCAUGCUGCUUCUUAAUGACAUGUUUUUAAAACUGAAAUGAGUAGAUUUGUCAUCAUAAAUGUGUGAAAUCCAUCAUCAGUGUGUUAGUGUGAACAUGGUGAGUACAAGAUGAUUGUUCAGAGACACAAGGUGAAUCUACCUGGGUUUCAUUUCACUCAUUGUACUGUGUUAAGCCUUGGAAGCGAGCAAACAUUUGAUGACAAAAUAAGUUGAAUACUAUUAUAAAUGAGUAGAAAUCGGUUCCAUGCUCAUGUUAACUGUAGGGGGGGGCAGCUUUGUCGAUAUAUUUAUGAAUCGGGGUCAUUAUGUAUAGUUCUUUGAACGAGGGCAGCGUAUCAAUAAAAUAAUGAACCGGAUAACGUGUACAAGGACCAGUCUCGUUCCUACACAAGGUGCCAGUACUGAUUAUGUUGAUACAUGAUUAUUUACUCUGUUUCCAAUAUGAAAAUUCUUCCAUGUGAUAUUGCUUUAUUGCUCUAUUUUCCCAUGACAGCUAUGUAAAGAAGUCUGGUGUCAUAUAAGGCAGCAUCAACAAGGCAACCAUAUCUAAUUACAGUAUUGUAUAUAUUUACUGAUAAAGCAUUUUAAUUGGUUCUCUUGUGAAGUUGCAGCUAACUAAUUGCAUUCCUUUCACAUUCCAAAAACCUCUAAAUACAUAUUACUUUAAUGUAAUAUAUGGUUCAUAGUGUUAUUUAUUUAUUGUAUAGAUGUUCAGAGUCUAACUUAUGGAGAAUAUAGUUUAGUGUGUAAGGGGGUGCCGUGUGGGUGUUGUGUGGACACCGCGUGAGUUACACGAAGAUGCUACAUUCUCUUUAGUGUACACAAUUUGUUUUUGAAAAUAUGGCUAUGUACAGUAUAUGAAAUUAAUUUGUAUGACUUGAGCUAUUUUAAGAUUUUUAGUGAUGAUACUCAACUGUCCUAUCAGCACACUUCAUGGUGUCUCUUACCACUAACAGUAAAGAAAGGUAUAAAUAAAUUAUACAGUAUGUAUAAUUUUUUAUAUAAAUAUUAUAUACUAUAUAUUGUAUUCUAUAAUAUACUUGUAUAGUUUAUAAUAUGUAUAUUAUAUAAUAGUAAAUAGUCCAUUGACAAGUGACUUGAGUGCUGUAUCCUAAGUUAAUGUGUUCAUCAUUUUAGCACCUUUUCAUUAAAGUCCAUAAAAUAUGCUUGUCACCUUUUCUUCCCCGUGAUGUGUUAACUAUCUCAUAUUAUACUCGUGAUUUGAAGUCACAAACCAGGAGAGAUUAUCACAAUUCCCAUAGAGUAAAUUAUUAUUUAAGUCGUUAGGUUUUGAUUGUAUCGAAUGGGGUAAUUUGGCUUUUUCUUACAUUCAACUGAAGGCUGAACCAUUGGAAAUGUUGCAUAAAUUAACUGUUGAAUUAUACACUGUUGCAAAUGUGAGACUCAACUUUGGAUGAUAUUAUUGCAAAUGUAUUUUGUGGCUAAACCUUAAACCAAACCAAAUGUGCUAUUGUAUGGACAUAACUAAAUGGUAAUUACUGGCUGAAAUCUACCGAGUUUGUAAUUGAAGGUUUGUAAUUAUAAAAUAAAUAAUUCUGUAUAUCAGUUGUUUGUGUUGACAAUAUUUAGCUUGUUGGCCACAUAACUUACAUUGUAAUUAUAAUGUUUACGUCAGGAGCCAGGUACAGUACUUGGUUAUAGAGCCAGGUACAGUACUUGGUUAUAGAGCCAGGUACAGUACUUGGUUAUAGAGCCAGGUACAGUACUUGGUUAUAGAGUCAGAUACAGUACUUGGUUAUAGAGCCAGGUACAGUACUUGGUUAUAGUGCCAGGUACAGUACUUGGUUAUAGUGCCAGGUACAGUACUUGGUUAUAGUGCCAGGUACAGUACUUGGUUAUAGUGCCAGGUACAGUACUUGGUUACAGUGCCGGGUAGAGUAAAGUGUUGCAAGCUUCAGUGCUACAUAUCGUGUGUGUGUGCGUGUAGCAUUUAGGGGAAAUAAGUGCCAGAUAUUUGUUGACGACCAAAAUAUGUAAGCUUAUAAUUACCAUGAAGUACAUAGUACUAUACAUAGAGGGUUGGUGGUCACAUAGUACUCUACAUAGAGGGUUGGUGGUCACAUAGUACUCUACAUAGAGGGACGGAGGUCACAAGUCCUGUUGGGUUUGAGGAAAUUUGACACUUUAUUUUGUUUUUGUUUUGCAGAAAAGUUGGGUAAGGCAGUGAUAAGCCCUAAACAUCAAGCAUUUAUAUAUAUAUUUUUUUUUAUAAUAAUAAAAUGGCUAUUUACUGUAAUUUAUUUUUGAACAAGGCUAACCUAUUUUUGUUCACUUUUUCCUUCUGUAUAUUAUGAUGUAUAAAUGCCCUUAAAACUAUUUAUUAUUAAUGAUAUUAGAUAACAAAAUUAAGUGGAAAUGAUUAUUGACAAAUUAUAUUACCAAAAAUUCAAGAUUUUAUUUUUUGUGCCUGAAGAAUAUAUAAAUUUCUUAAAUGAUUAUUUAAUACUAAACUAAUUUUUAAAUGCAAUAUGUGAAGAGUGGUGAAGUGGGUGAGACAUUGGUGUACACUGCUGGAAAACAAAGGACAAAGUCCUAGCAGUGCUCUCUUGUAACUGUGCGUUGCCGCCUUAUUAAUAUGUUAAUUGGAAACAAAUAAAUACAGACGAGUUGUA